AUGGCGUAUGGUGUCGUUUUUGUAACAGUUCUGACUGUGGCGUUUGCUAUCAAUGGUCAAGAGGAUGAUAAGUAUGCUACUCUUCAGUAUGAAGUUAUGGCUUUGAAGAAGUUUGUAUUGAACAUGAACGUGGAAUUAGAUAACGUUCGGAAACUGUAUGAUGAAAUGCGCCAGGAGCUAAUGACAGUCAGGAGUAAACAAAAGAGUAUGUCCAACUACCAUCCGGGUACUUCUCAGCACGGAGACCAAGGGGAAAUAACUCUACCGAACAAACGAUCAACAGCUUACGUUCCCACCAUGCAUUUGUCCAAUGUUUGGAAUGGAUCUAAAGCAUCCGGACCGAAAGGAGAGCAGGGAAAGUCAGGACCCAAGGGGUCUAAAGGAGGGACUGGACCACCGGGCUAUCAGGGACCAAAAGGGCGACAUGGACAGAAGGGAGACAAAGGGGAAUUGGGAAUUGUGGGACCGAAAGGUGAAUCCGGAACGGCAGGGAUAGGAGGACAGAAAGGGGAGUUUGGAAUGCCUGGCGUCAAGGGGGAGAAGGGGGACACUGGGAAACCAGGGCUUGUGGGAUACAAAGGUAGCAGAGGAAUGCCUGGUCUUACUGGUCCUAUGGGGCCAAAAGGGGAUGUUGGACAAACUGGGAAUCCAGGGCAGAAAGGGGAUACUGGAGGACCGGGCCCUAGAGGACGUACUGGAACUCAAGGGGCAACCGGGCAAAAAGGGGACACCGGAAAAGCAGGAGUUCCAGGGCCUAGAUGGCCAUGUGGCAGAUCAGGAGAUAAAGGACAAAAAGGCGACACCGGAAGACCAGGUCUAUCAUCUAAUAAUGGUAUGAAUAUAUCGUUUUCUCUGGCGACGAAUUUAAGAAGGUCAAGAAAAAAUGACGUGCCUGUGAUGUUCGAUUCAGUUUAUUGGAACGAUGGGAAUCACUUCAAUCCAUCAACUGGAAUAUUUACCUGUCCCUUGCCCGGCACUUACCUGUUUAUAUUGACUGUGACUGGCACUCAAGGUGAAGAAAUACAAAUAAGUAUCAAUCGUAGCAGACAACCGUGGCGUUAUCUGUCGGAGUCUGGGUCAAGUAUUAAUAGUACCGAGUCUGUCACGACAACUGCUGAAGUUGUCGCACGGGGAAACUGUCUCGAUACAUCUGAUUUUCUGACUGUGGCGUUUGCUUUCAAUGGUCAAGAGGAUAAUAAGUACGCUGCUCUUCAGUAUGAAGUUUCAACUUUGAAGAAAUUUGUAUUGAACAUGAACUUUGAAUUAGAUAACGUACGAAAACAGUAUGAUGAAAUGCGAGAGGAGCUAAUGACAGUCAGUUGCAAUAAGAACACAACUGAUAUAUUUGAGGCAGCAUCCGGACCGAAAGGAAACAAAGGAACAUCGGGACCCAAGGGGUCUAAAGGAGACACUGGAACACCGGGCCUUCAGGGACCAAAAGGCGACAACGGACAGAAGGGGGACAAAGGGGAAUUGGGAAUUGUGGGACCGAAAGGUGAAUCCGGAACGUCAGGGAUAGGAGGACAGAAAGGGGAGUUUGGAAUGCCUGGCGUCAAGGGGGAGAAGGGGGACACCGGGCAACCGGGGCUUGUGGGAAACAAAGGUAGCAGAGGAAUGCCUGGUGUUACUGGUCCUAUGGGGCCAAAAGGGGAUAUUGGACUAACUGGGAAUAAAGGGCAAAAAGGGGACACUGGGAAAACAGGAGCUACAGGACCUAGAGGGCCAAUCGGGAGACAAGGAGUGAGCGGGCCUAGCGGGAGACAAGGAGUGAGAGGGCCAAGCGGGAGGCCAGGGGCAUCCCCUAAAGUUAUGAAUGUAUCGUUCUCUGUGGCGACGAACCUGAGGAGGAUAAGACAACAGGGCAUGCGUUUAAUGUUUGAGUCAGUGAAUUGGAACGACGGGAACCACUUCAAUCCUUUUAAUGGAAAAUUCAAAUGUCAUGUGCCCGGCACUUACCUGUUUAUAUCGACUGUGACUGUCAGUCAAGGAGAUGAAAUACAAUUAAGUAUUAAUCGUAACGGUCAACCGUGGCGUAACCUGUCGGGGUCUGGGUCAAGUAUGAAUAGUACCGAGUCUGUCACGACAACGCUGAAGUUGUCGCACGGGGAAACUGUCUCGAUAAAUCUGAUUAAGAGAAGCCGACACUCGUCCGCCAUUUGCUUUUUUGAAGGGCUCCUAUUGAAAAUUUCGUUGAACGAAAGCUUGACUAGACGGAACGUUUUGGGUGAAAGAAACACGCAGCAAGCUAAGUGGUCCCCACUGAUUGAAUGGUCAAACUGGACACAUGGAAAGAUGGUGGUUGUUGUUAGUUUUAUUCUGGCCUUGACGGUAGCCAUAAAUGGCCAGCAAGAUCAAAAAUACGAACAUCUUCAGAAUGAAGUAAUGGUUUUGAAGAAAUUAAUCUCAAACAUAAACAUGGAAUUGGAAAGUAUGCGGAAACAGUAUGAUGAAGUGUGUUACGAACUUAGGACUAUCAGGACUAAACAUCAGCUGAUGGAUAAGGAAAUGACCAAUCAGAUGAAAAAACAGAAUACUCAGCAAAUACCAAGCCGACACAAAGACUACGCGGGAAAGAACGAACGGACAGCACCGGCAAUUCCUUCCUCAAACCAUUGGAACACAUCCACAGAUAAUACGCUUUCAUUACAACAUGGAUUUAAAGGUGAAAAGGGCGAUCCUGGAAUCCCCGGAGUUAAGGGCGACCCCGGAUCACCAGGAUCUGUAGGACGGAAUGGAGAACCCGGACCACCCGGAACUACGGGGCAAAAAGGGGAUUCUGGGCCACCGGGAGCUAUAGGAGAGAAGGGGGACAUUGGACCCUCUGGACCUAUGGGACCGAAAGGGAACUCUGGGGCGGCCGGACGGACAGGCCUGCAGGGACCACCCGGAAUUAAAGGAAACAAUGGAUGGAAUGGAAUACCUGGGUCGAAAGGAGAGAUUGGCCAGCAAGGGCUACAGGGCCAGAAAGGAGAGCCAGGCUUCAGUACGCCAUCCCGGAAGUCAGCCUUCUAUGUUAUAACGCAUUCCACUGUACAUCAUACUUACCAGACGAUUCAGAGUACUAACCCCCUCACAAACAUUGGGAAUGAUUUCGACACGAGAACUGGCGUCUUUACCUGUUCUAUACCUGGUAUUUACUUAUUUACUUGGUCUGUUGGAGUUUGGCAGAGAGAACACGUGUAUUCUCACAUUGACAUCAGUGGAGUUCUGUGGAGCGACCUUGGAGUGUCCGGAAGCAAUGACUCCUGGAAUACCGGGUGACAAACAAUAGUUGUGACCUUAUCACGUGGACAAACAGUGCGACUUGUACUGAGUUCCCAAGACAACGCUGUAGAUAGAGUAACAUCUCAUUUCACGGGCGCUCUUCUGUCUUAAUUCAGUAGAUAUAUCCGGAUGUUAUAGUUAUUUUUCCAGUGAUUCGCAAUUCGUGAAGAACGUCAAGAAACCAAAUGUUGUUAUAAAUGCAUGCAUGUUGAUUUCAUCUUAAUCAUAAAAUAAAUCCAAUGGAAAAA